AUAUAUAGUUGGAUAUUUCAUUCCACUCACUUCUUCUUCCUCCUUCGACUGUCGGCGAAUUUUGGAGUUUGGGUUUUGAUGGCAGAGAGUAGGACUGAAAAAUGAAUAAAAGAAAAAUCCGAGGAAUAGAAAAUAAAGGGUUUUUCUCAUCUGGGUUUUUCAUCACAAGAAGCUCUCUUAUCUCUUUCUCUCUCUGAUUUUUUAUUUUCAAUACAUAUAUUUUUUGUGGUUUAUGUGGAGAUGCUCUGUCUUAAAGCUGAAGCUCUGGGAAAUGAGGUGUUUGGUUCGCAUGGUGUGAUUCUGCCCAUGAGUUUGGGAAGCUCUAUUCAGAGAUAUUUAAAGAGAGGAGGAAGAGAUUCUCGCCUUUCGUCCGCUUCAUCUUCCGGAGAUGGUUCUCCAAUAUCUACUGCUUUGGAGGAAGUUAAGACCCCAGGUGCCACAAAAGGAAGGGAGAGCGGUGGGAAAAUGCGUCUUUAUAGAUUCCAGCUUGAAAAGGAUGUUCAGAAACUACAAAAGGAGCUACAAGAGGAGAUCGACUUGCAUUUUGCUUUGGCAAAUGCUGUUGCUCAAACUUCUGCACCUUUGUCUGAUUCUCCUUCCCAGAUUCCCGUCAAGGCUCAGGAGCUGUUGUCUAACAUAGCUGUGCUCGAGAUCACAGUUCUAAAGCUUGAAGAAGAAUUGAUUGCCUUGCAUUUUCAACUUAGUCAGGAGAGGAAUGAACGCCGCCUUACAGAGUAUCAUUUAAGACAUUUACUUUCACCAUUACCAUCACCACGACCAUACUCUCCUACUGUUUCAGAAGAGCCGCAGAUAUCACCUCAGAGAGUUUCGAAGCACAGCGGUUUGCGGAUAUCUCAUUCAUUGGAGUCAUAUUUUUCUGCUGAUUGUGGACAUUCACAAUCAAUCACAAUAAGCAGGCCAUCAGAUGUAUGCUCAGCAAAGGAGAACUCAGGAUCAUGUAGCAGAGACAAACAAGAAACAGAGACAGAUAUUCCACUUCUACGGCCAGAUGGAUUGGAGGAGACAACUAAGGAUUUUCUUGUGAAGGACCUUUCCCACCACCCUAAUCAGCUUUCAGAAGAAAUGGUGAGGUGCAUGAGAGAUAUUUUUCUCUGUCUAGCAGAUUCAUCCAGCCUGUCUUCUAAGUUCUCUUCUUCAGAGCAUAUGCCUUCGCCAUUGUCCCCACAGGGGCACCUUUCCUGUUCAUCCAUGUUAUCCUUCUCAGAUUCAUCCAUAGUUCCUUCAUCAGUCAGGAGUCCCACCGUAGAGUUACAAUGCAGUUGUGAAGUCAUGGUGGCAGAGAAUGCAUUUGUUCCUUACAAAAUUCAUGAAAAGGUAAAUUGGAUAAAUAUUGGAAGAUACAGUUCAGCAGCCGAGGUGUCUUGGAUGUCCGUUGGGAAGAACCAGCUUGAAUAUGCUGCUGCGGCUCUUAAAAGAUUCAGAGUGCUCGUUGAGCAGUUGGCAAAAGUGAACCUGGCUUGCAUGAAUGGCAAUGAAAAGCUGGCAUUUUGGAUUAAUCUGUACAAUGCCUUGAUCAUGCAUGCUUAUCUGGCAUAUGGAGUUCCAAAGAGUGACAUCAAACUUUUCUCUUUAAUGCAGAAGGCAUCUUACACUGUUGGUGGGCAUUCGUUUAGUGCAGCUGACAUUGAAUACAUUAUUCUAAAGAUGAAACCUCCAACACAUCGCCCGCAAAUAGCUUUGGUUCUGGCCCUUCAUAAAUUCAAGAUAUCAGAGGAGCAGAGAAAAUAUUCUAUUGAUAACCCAGAGCCCCUGGUAGCAUUUGCUCUCAGUUGCGGGAUGUAUUCUUCACCUGCACUGAGGAUCUUCAAAGCCGAUAAUGUCAUCGAGGAGCUCCAUGAUUCCUUGAGGGAUUAUAUCCAUGCAUCUGUUGGCAUCAGCAGUAAAGGGAAACUGCUAGUGCCAAAGCUCUUGCAUUGUUAUGCAAAAGGGGUAGUGGAGGAUUCACUGCUGGCCGACUGGAUCUGUCGAUUCCUCUCUCCCGAACAAGCAGCCAUGGUUCGAGACUGCACGUCCCAUAGGAAACAGAGGCUCCUGGGUGCCCGGAGCUUUGGCAUCAUCCCUUUUGAUUCAAGGUUUCGGUACCUCUUCUUGCUCGAGAAUGGAAGCUCCCAAAGCUCUAGCUAAUGCGAAUUGAGCAGCUCAUGUACUUACAGAGAACUAUCUUUCGGCAUUCCAGGUAAGCCCGCCUGAGGACAGACCAGGGAUGUUCGAUGUUUCAGACAGCGCGGAGUUGGGAAAGAGUCCUAUUUCAUGUACAGGAGGGAUUGAGGGGAUGGAUGCAGAUUGAAAUCUAGCCGUGUAAAUAGGUUCAACAUUUUUGGAGCAUAUGGAUUCAUGGGGCCAGUUUUCAGCUUGCUGAGCUUCACAUGGGAGAUUGUAUUGUGAAAGAAAUUCCACUUGGGUGCAUGGACAUUCCCUGUAAAACUGGGAUUUCUGUGUCAAAGUUGGUUUUGCUUGGGAAGAAUUUCUGCUCAAGCUCUGUCCACAACUUGUCUAGUGAUGCAUCUUUUUCUACAUUGUGUCCUGUGAUUCACUGUACAUUGGUGUAUUACUGAGUGAAACCAAUAAGAAAAGGAUUGGACUGUUUGUUGGGGCUCU